AUGGCGGCCCCCGUUGCCCUCGUUCAAGGUGCCAGCCGGGGACUGGGUCUGCAGUUUUGCAAAUAUAUUUUAAAAAACAAACUCCCGGCAAGUGUCAUAGCGACAUGUCGGAACCCAGAAGGGGCCACGGAGCUGCAGGGGCUGGUCGGACAACACCCCGACCGUAUGACGGUACUUCAGCUGGAUGUGAAUCGCGAGGAAGACAUCCGGGAGGCAGCCGAGCGGGUGAAGGAGAGGUUCGGGCGGCUUGAUUUGAUGGUCAACUCGUCGGCUUUGCUUCACCCCUCCGGAAAAGGAGAGACCAGCCUGAGAGAUGUUUCUGCACACGGCAUAAUGGCCACCUUGACCACCAACACUGUGGGUCCGCUGGUAAUGGCCAAGUACUUUGCUCCCCUCCUGCAGAAGGGCAACGGUGGCUUCGGUCGACAGCCGAUGGACAAGGCCAAAUGGCACAGCGGCAUCAUCGUCAACGUCACAGCCAAAGUUGGCUCCAUUGGCGACAACGGUCUUGGAGGCUGGUACAGCUACAGAAUGUCCAAAGCGGCUCUAAACAUGGCCACAAAAAAUCUUUCUAUCGAGCUGGGCCGCAGUCGACCCAAGGUGCUCUGUGUUUCCUUGCAUCCAGGAACAUUAGACUCGGAUUUGUCCAGACCGUAUCACAGGAACGUACCCGAGGGGAAACUAUUCAGCACAGAACGCUCUGUGGGGUACCUGAUGGGCAUUGUCGAAGCGCUGGAUGUGGAAAAGACGGGUAAAGCCUACAGCUGGGAUGGUACUCAACUGCCUUGGUAGCAAAACAAAUGAAGAAAGGUUUAUGAAAGAGGACACUUCACAUUUUAAUCAAACAAAUGGUGUGAUGGGGGCGGCCCGGUAGUCCAGUGGUUAGCACGUCGGCUUCACAGUGCAGAGGUAUCGGGUUCGAUUCCAGCUCCGGCCUCCCUGUGUGGAGCUUGCAUGUUCUCCCCGGGCCUGCGUGGGUUUUCUCCGGGUGCUCCGGUUUCCUCCCACAUUCCAAAAACAUGCAUGUUAUCUGAUUGGACGCUCUAAAUUGUCCCUGGGUGUGAGUGUGAGUGUGAAUGGUUGUUCGUUUCUGUGUGCCCUGCGAUUGGCUGGCAACCGAUUCAGGGUGUCCCCCGCCUACUGCCCGGAGACAGCUGGAAUAGGCUCCGGCACCCCCCGCGACCCUAGUGAGGAUCAAGCGGUUAGGAAGAUGAAUGAAUGAAUGAAUGGUGUGAUGGGAUUCUGAUGUAUGUACUGUAAAAUUGUUUUCUUAAGUUUUUAUCACUUUUCACAAUGUGGGAAAAUAGUGACAAAUUUCCGGCAAAUAUGACUGGCUCAUUAUUUUUUGAACGAUUGUGCUAUUCUGAAAUGCCUUAAAAUUGAAAUAAAUUCCAUUAAGAUAAAUGUGA